GCAUCUUUCAUGGCAGACUUGCUGCAUGAAUCACGGCAGCCAAUCACAAAUGCUUCUCCUCCUCCUAAUGGGGACUUUGAGACACAUCAUUGCGCAGAGUUGUUAAGGCGAAUAAAUUCUUUUUCGGCCCUUGUGCCCUCUUUGAAACCAUCCUCCGUAUACCACGAUGAGGAUUCAUUGGCUGAAGACAAUGUAGACACUUGUGACGAACAACUGCCUCACAGGCGAUAUUUCGAUGAAUUCGGCUUUCGAAUAGAUGAUCUGCAUGAAUUGGUGCCGCCUCCGUUUGUUGAGUCGAUCGCAAACAGACGCGCCUGGCUCACUUGUUUGGAGUUCUCCCACACCCACACUCUGGGAACCUCCAGUUUGGAGGAAUACGAUCAGCAGUACUCUUCCUCCGUCGGUUCCACGGUGGAUGAAGAGGAUGAUCAAUUGUGGUCACGCGUCAACGCUCGCCUUGUGCCAUCACCGAGGCUCACAACUCUGAUUCGGGGACAGGCACCCGAUGUCCUCGCCCAAACGCUUCCGGGCCACCAGUUGGGAAUCCCUCAUUCUAUACGACCGCAUGUUUGGCCCCGAUUGGCUGGAUCUUGGGAGAAAGCUCAAAAGGCGAAGAAGCGAGAUCCUCCAAUCACCUAUACGGAAUUAGUUCAAUUGAGCUCUUCCGAGAAUCUGGCUAUCAGCACACAAAUUGAGAAGGACUUGCUCCGUACUAUGCCCAGCAAUGUUUGCUUCUCCACUCCGUAUUCGACUGGAGUCUCUAGGUUGCGACGUCUUUUGCGCGCGUUGGCAUGGCUUUACGUGGAUGUGGGUUAUUGUCAAGGUAUGGGACUGAUCGCUGCAAAUCUUCUGCUGUGUUUAGAGGAGGAAACCGCGUUUUGGAUGAUGUGCGCUAUUAUCGAGGACCUCUUGCCCCCGUCCUACUUCUCCUCAAUUAGCCUACUCGGUGUACAAGCUGAUCAGGCGGUGUUAUGUGAUCUGCUCCCGCUCUAUUUGCCCAACGUUGAUCGAUUACUGAAGCAACACGACAUCGAUUUACCUCUGAUAACCCUCCAAUGGUUUCUCACGCUUUACGCGAGCGUGUGCCCCACUGCAAUGACGUUCCGCAUUUGGGACUUGUUCUUUUACGAAGGUUCCGUUGUGCUGUUUCGUGUGGCCCUUGCUCUCCUCUCCAUGCGCGAAUCAGAAUUGCUCAGUUUGGAGAACGCGUCGCAAAUCUUCAACCUUCUCUCCAGUUGCCCCAGUUCCAUCACCGAUGUCAAUGAGCUCAUUCGGGUGGCAUACUCUCUCGAUGAGGAGCACUUGGAUGCGUCCAAUCUGGGUGCUCUUCGCCGUCACCAUUUGGCACAGCUAAUGGUGGAGCACAAUUCCUCUCUUCGACCGGAUAGUAGGCUGAAUUUGCCAAAGCAGUAUCUCGCCAAACGUCAACUGAAACGACCUCCUUCGGCCCUCACCACGUUCCUGACCUCAGUCGCGACAUUCUCCGGGCACCCGGCUACUCACCAUCGCCGGGUCACCGGUAUGACUGUGCCAUUUCGUGACCAGCAGGCACAACGGCCAACCGAGUAUUAUACACGCACCGGCCUCAGCGAUGCAUCGGACUCUCACGACCCCAAAUUGAAGAACGUGCGACAAACAGAAAUCCUGGUCGAUCUGAAACACGCCAUCCUAACGAUUACGCGCCACUUUCGUAUGUGUGAUCCCCAACACGCGAAUGCCAGCGCACAGGCUGAUUACUCAAUUGAAAGCCACGGGCUGGAUUUGCAAAACUACGUCCAGGUUGCUCAACAUCGUCACAAACGAUCCAAGGCGCUUAUCGAUUUCGAACCGUAUGAACCAGAUGAACUUAGAUUUCGGAAAAAUGACAUCGUCACCAUCCUCAAUUCGGAUGAUGAACACUGUUGGAUUGGCGAAUUGAAUGGGGUCCGAGGUUGGUUACCCGCCAAAUUUGUUGAACUGUUGGAUGAGAGAAGUAAAAGCUACUCGGCUGCCGGCGAUGAUGGAGUUAACGAAAAUAUUGCUGGUCUUGUCCGCGGGAGUCUCUGUGACGCCUUGGGCGCCGUAUUCACCCAUGGACUGAAGCGACCCCGCCUCCUUGGUGAAUCGGGCUGUCAUCCCUGGCAUUUUAUAGAGGAGGCGGCCGCCAAAGAAGUCGAACGUGAUUUCAGCUCUGUCUACUCUCGACUGGUGCUGUGCAAAACAUUCCGGCUCGAUGAGGAAGGAAAAGUGUUGAGUCCAGAGGAAGUGCUCUAUCGGGCUAUCCACGCCAUCAACAUAUCUCACGAUUUGGCCCACGCACACAUGGAUGUCAAAUUUCGUUCGCUUGUCUGCUAUGGCCUCAAUGAGCAGCUGCUUCACAUGUGGCUGGAGACGCUGUGUUCCUCUGUACAGGUGGUGGAGAAGUGGUACCAUCCCUGGUCGUACAUGCGCAGUCCGGGCUGGGUACAAAUCAAGUGUGAACUCCGAGUUCUCAGUCAAUUUGGAUUUCAUCUAUCGAUCAAUUAUGAGCUGACCACUACCUUCAACUCAUUGGCAAACCUGAACGGUAACUCCGGUGGCUUCCUGGACCCAAAGCACAAAUCCAAGCUUCCCUCGGCUCGGAACUCCUUUUCGAGCUCUCUGGCCAGAAAGCCGCUUCAACGCCUUACCAUGGCGGCAUCCGUUGCUGAUCCCAUCAACGACAGACCAUCCUUGACUCUCAGGUUUCCGCCCUCAUUGGGUGCACCGGACGAGAUGAUGGAAGGUAUCGGUCCACAGCUGACCACGCAAGACGCUGGAGAUAUGCUCAUAAAGUACCACUUGUUCAGCUGGGAAUUGUGAACAUCUCACCUUUCUACUCGGUCCGCCAGACGUCCAGUAUUCAUGCUUCCAUCUAGUGCUCUGUGAUGACCAACGUUGAUUAAAUUGUGAUACCCUCACUCAAUCAUUCCUUGUUCCCCUUGUUUGUGUACUUAUUUCUCUCUUGUCAAGAGGAAUACUAGUCUUCUGGGCUUUUCCUGUCGCUCCCGUCUUGUCCACUUUUCUACCUCCCCGCUCCCUCUACGAUUUCAUCAUCCUCAUCAUCAUCAUCAUCUGCCUUUUCAAACAUAUCAUGAAGAACCUCGCCGCAUUGUGAGCGUUUCUCACGCGUGUUUGUUUGUAUUUUUAGACUUCACUUCAUUCGUCGUAUCUGAUGUGCUUCGUCUUUUUUGUAAUUGAUAGGUAUCUUUUUUCUGUGAAACGGGUAUCAAACGGCUUCUUGUUCAUGCUGAUUCACCCCGUCGUGUCCCCCAACAUUUUCUUAUUUUUCCGGUAAUGGCAGCGUGUUUUUUGCGUUUCUUCUGAUUGCAUUUAUGCUGAAUUACGAUAUCCCUGUUCUCAGAUUUCACACU